AUGAAAAGAAGGGGAUUAUUUUUAGUAUGCAUUUUACCACUCUGUAAAGAUAUAAAACAAUAUAAAGGGUGUUCGGCAUGCCCAAGUGGUAAAUAUGAAUCAUCUUCUGGAGGAGGGUGUAGUCAUAAUUGCAUGGCAUCCUGCACAACAUGUUCUAAUGGAACAACUUGUGAUUCAUGCAGCGGUGCGAACUAAUACUUAUCUUUACCAAGCCAAAUAUGCACAAGUUGUCCAACUGGUUGUUUGACCUGCGAUUCUUUUAGUUGUCUAUCCUGUACUACAGGAUAUUACCUUUCAACAAUAUGCAUCUAAUGCCCAACUCCAUGUAGCAUAUGCUCAUCCUCAACAAAUUGCUCUGCUUGCAAUUCUGGGUAUUAUUUAUCCGGAUCAUCCUGUCUUUCCUGCACUUCACCAAGUACAUAUUGUGGAAGUCCUUGCAGUUGUAGUAGUGGAUACUACUUAGUUGGUUCAUGCUGUUACCAAUGUUAAUCACCUUGCGCAUAGUGUUCAGGCUCUGCUACUUCUUGUACAGCUUGUGUUGAUCCUACCAAUUAAACAACUCCAACUUGUAAUUGCAACUUGCCAACAAAAUAUCUAGACUACCUUAACAAUUAUUAAUGCUCCAAUUGUGUUUCUCCUUGUCUUAAUUGUAGCUCUUCAUUAUCAUGCAGCAGCUGCAUAAAUACCUACUACUUAUAAGGUACAUCUUGCUACCCUUGUACAAGUCCAUGUGUUAAUUGUAAUACUUCAUCAACAAAUUGCACAUCCUGUAUUGAUUCAGCACAUUAAAGCAUUCCAACUUGUUCGUGCUCCUCUGGAUAUUUAAUGAAUACUUCUACUCAUAUGUGUAAUGCAUGUACCUUUCCAUGUGCAACAUGUCAAAAUUCAGUAACUGAAUGCUAUAGUUGUGCUUCAACAUAUUAAUACGAUUCAACAGCCCAUACUUGCACUUGCUUAACCAAUUAAUAUGAGGACAGUGGAUCACCUAAAACUUGCUAAAACUGUUCAUCUCCAUGUUUGACAUGUUCAAGCAAUGUUAAUUGCAAUUCAUGUAUAAGUGGGUUAAAUAGACACAUAUCAGGAAGUAGUUGUAUUUGUGAUGAUGGUUAUUAUGAUAAUGCUGGAGUUUGUACCUUAUGUUCAUUGCCUUGUACAAAAUGCACUUCAUCUACAGUUUGUACAGAAUGCAAUUAAAUAUCCUAUUAGGUGUUAAGUGAUUGCCAUUGCAUGGAUACAUACUAUAUGGAUGGUUCAUUUGAUUGUUAAUCAUGUAAUAGCCCAUGUCUUAACUGUUCAAGUAGCAGUGAUUGUACAUCUUGCAUCAAUAAUUACUAUUUAGACACUACUAAUUGUUUAUAAUGUACAUUACCAUGUUUCAAUUGUGUUGACAUAGAUACUAAAUGUACAUCAUGUGCACACUCUUAUUAAACGGUUUAAACAAAUUAAUGUGUAUGUGAUGAUGGAUAUUAUAUGGAUGCUUCUUAUUAUUGUUAAUUAUGUACUCAUCCUUGUUCUAAAUGUACAAAUACAAGUACAUAUUGCACAGAUUGUGCUAGUACAUUUAUUUCUAGUGGAUCGAAUACUUGUAUUUGUGCAGAUGGAAAAUAUGAAGAAACAACAAAUUCUCCCAGUGAUUGUUAAAGUUGUACUUCACCAUGUGUUAAAUGUGAAAUAACAUCUACUCAUUGUUUAACAUGUAUUGAUACUAAUUAAAGUGUUGAUCCAUCAUCAUAUUAAUGUAUAUGUAAUAUAGGUUGGGUUGCAAAUGGAAAUUAUUGUGAUUAAUGUGUAUCACCAUGUACAUCAUGUUCAGGAACUACAACUUUUUGUACAACUUGUAAAGAUGCUCAUCAUUAAAUUGUAAGUGGAUAAUGUAUAUGUGAAUCAGGAUGGGUAAAUGAUGCCAAUUAUGAUUGUUAACCAUGUGUAUCACCUUGUAGUUCAUGUUCAAUUAAUACAACUCAUUGCGAUUCAUGUUUAGAUAUACAUCAUACUAUUAAUGCUAGUUAUUAAUGCAUUUGUUAAGAUACAUAUUAUUCAGACACUAUAUCACAUUGCGAACCCUGUGUAUUACCUUGUGCAAAUUGUGAUAUCAAUGGAUGUCUUACUUGUAUUGAUACCAAUUAAUAUAUUGAUGCUAGUUUAGAUUGUGUUUGUANUACAACUACAUAUAUGUGUAAUAAUUGCGUUUCCCCUUGUCUAAAUUGUAGUACAGCAUCAUUGUGUGAUAGCUGUGUGAAUGGAUAUGUAAUAUCUGGACACUCUUGCCAACCUUGCACCAAGCCUUGCGCAAACUGCACUAUUACUUAAACUAAUUGUUAGACUUGUGUUGAUUCAGUGAACUAAACAACUCCCAGUUGUAGUUGUAACAGUGGCUUUAUAAUGAACUUGUCAACCUUUAUGUGUGAUCAAUGUGUUCAUCCAUGUGCAACAUGUCAAAAUUCAGUGACUGAAUGCUAUAGUUGUGCUUCAACAUAUUAAUAUGAUUCAACAGCCCAUACUUGUACUUGCUUAACCAAUUAAUAUGAAACCAUUGGAUUACCUAAAACUUGCUAAAACUGUUCAUCUCCAUGUUUGACAUGUUCAAGCAAUGUUAAUUGCAUUUCAUGUAUAAGUGGAUUAAAUAGACAUAUAUCAGGAAGUAGUUGUAUUUGUGAUGAUGGUUAUUAUGAUAAUGCUGGAGUUUGUACCUUAUGUUCAUUGCCUUGUACAAAAUGCACUUCAUCUACAGUUUGUACAGAAUGCAAUUAAAUAUCCUAUUAGGUGUUAAGUGAUUGUCAUUGCAUGGAUACAUACUAUAUGGAUGGUUCAUUUGAUUGUUAAUCAUGUAAUAGCCCAUGUCUUAACUGUUCAAGUAGCAGUGAUUGUACAUCUUGCAUCAAUAAUUACUAUUUAGACACUACUAAUUGUUUAUAAUGUACAUUACCAUGUUUCAAUUGUGUUGACAUAGAUACUAAAUGUACAUCAUGUGCACACUCUUAUUAAACGGUUUAAACAAAUUAAUGUGUAUGUGAUGAUGGAUAUUAUAUGGAUGCUUCUUAUUAUUGUUAAUUAUGUACUCAUCCUUGUUCUAAAUGUACAAAUACAAGUACAUAUUGCACAGAUUGUGCUAGUACAUUUAUUUCUAGUGGAUCGAAUACUUGUAUUUGUGCAGAUGGAAAAUAUGAAGAAACAACAAAUUCUCCCAGUGAUUGUUAAAGUUGUACUUCACCAUGUGUUAAAUGUGAAAUAACAUCUACUCAUUGUUUAACAUGUAUUGAUACUAAUUAAAGUGUUGAUCCAUCAUCAUAUUAAUGUAUAUGUAAUAUAGGUUGGGUUGCAAAUGGAAAUUAUUGUGAUUAAUGUGUAUCACCAUGUACAUCAUGUUCAGGAACUACAACUUUUUGUACAACUUGUAAAGAUGCUCAUCAUUAAAUUGUAAGUGGAUAAUGUAUAUGUGAAUCAGGAUGGGUAAAUGAUGCCAAUUAUGAUUGUUAACCAUGUGUAUCACCUUGUAGUUCAUGUUCAAUUAAUACAACUCAUUGCGAUUCAUGUUUAGAUAUACAUCAUACUAUUAAUGCUAGUUAUUAAUGCAUUUGUUAAGAUACAUAUUAUUCAGACACUAUAUCACAUUGCGAACCCUGUGUAUUACCUUGUGCAAAUUGUGAUAUCAAUGGAUGUCUUACUUGUAUUGAUACCAAUUAAUAUAUUGAUGCUAGUUUAGAUUGUGUUUGUANUGUGUUGAUUCAGUGAACUAAACAACUCCCAGUUGUAGUUGUAACAGUGGCUUUAUAAUGAACUUGUCAACCUUUAUGUGUGAUCAAUGUGUUCAUCCAUGUGCAACAUGUCAAAAUUCAGUGACUGAAUGCUAUAGUUGUGCUUCAACAUAUUAAUAUGAUUCAACAGCCCAUACUUGUACUUGCUUAACCAAUUAAUAUGAAACCAUUGGAUUACCUAAAACUUGCUAAAACUGUUCAUCUCCAUGUUUGACAUGUUCAAGCAAUGUUAAUUGCAUUUCAUGUAUAAGUGGAUUAAAUAGACAUAUAUCAGGAAGUAGUUGUAUUUGUGAUGAUGGUUAUUAUGAUAAUGCUGGAGUUUGUACCUUAUGUUCAUUGCCUUGUACAAAAUGCACUUCAUCUACAGUUUGUACAGAAUGCAAUUAAAUAUCCUAUUAGGUGUUAAGUGAUUGUCAUUGCAUGGAUACAUACUAUAUGGAUGGUUCAUUUGAUUGUUAAUCAUGUAAUAGCCCAUGUCUUAACUGUUCAAGUAGCAGUGAUUGUACAUCUUGCAUCAAUAAUUACUAUUUAGACACUACUAAUUGUUUAUAAUGUACAUUACCAUGUUUCAAUUGUGUUGACAUAGAUACUAAAUGUACAUCAUGUGCACACUCUUAUUAAACGGUUUAAACAAAUUAAUGUGUAUGUGAUGAUGGAUAUUAUAUGGAUGCUUCUUAUUAUUGUUAAUUAUGUACUCAUCCUUGUUCUAAAUGUACAAAUACAAGUACAUAUUGCACAGAUUGUGCUAGUACAUUUAUUUCUAGUGGAUCGAAUACUUGUAUUUGUGCAGAUGGAAAAUAUGAAGAAACAACAAAUUCUCCCAGUGAUUGUUAAAGUUGUACUUCACCAUGUGUUAAAUGUGAAAUAACAUCUACUCAUUGUUUAACAUGUAUUGAUACUAAUUAAAGUGUUGAUCCAUCAUCAUAUUAAUGUAUAUGUAAUAUAGGUUGGGUUGCAAAUGGAAAUUAUUGUGAUUAAUGUGUAUCACCAUGUACAUCAUGUUCAGGAACUACAACUUUUUGUACAACUUGUAAAGAUGCUCAUCAUUAAAUUGUAAGUGGAUAAUGUAUAUGUGAAUCAGGAUGGGUAAAUGAUGCCAAUUAUGAUUGUUAACCAUGUGUAUCACCUUGUAGUUCAUGUUCAAUUAAUACAACUCAUUGCGAUUCAUGUUUAGAUAUACAUCAUACUAUUAAUGCUAGUUAUUAAUGCAUUUGUUAAGAUACAUAUUAUUCAGACACUAUAUCACAUUGCGAACCCUGUGUAUUACCUUGUGCAAAUUGUGAUACCAAUGGAUGUCUUACUUGUAUUGAUACCAAUUAAUAUAUUGAUGCUAGUUUAGAUUGUGUUUGUAGUAAUGGUUAUUAUAUGGAUUCAGUUAAUUGCUUGCAAUGCUAAUUACCUUGUGUACAUUGUACAUCAUUGCUAGAUUGUUUAACUUGUAUUGAUGCUAAUUAAACUGUUGUAGGCGAUAGAUGUAUUUGUAAUCCUGGUUAUUAUGCAAGUGGAAAUUAUUGUAAUUUAUGCUAACUACCAUGUACGAAAUGUGUAACUACAUAAAACACAUGUACAGAAUGCGUAGAUCCUAAUCAUUUACUCAUUAAAAAUGAUUGCGUUUGUAAAACUGGAUAUGGAUAAUCUGGAUUGAAUGGUAAUUAUUGUUCUUUGUGUUAAUAUCCAUGUUUAGAAUGUUCAAUUAAUGUAAAUACUUGUACUAAAUGUGUUGAUUAAAUAUUAUUUAAACUAGAAAAUAAUCAGUGUAAAUGUCAAGAAGGAUUUUAUAAAGAUAAUAAUAAUUAAUGUUAAUUGUGUGCUCCUUAAUGUAAAACUUGCGAAUAAUUUUAAGAUUAUUGUUUGAUUUGUAAGAAUGAUUCUUUUGUUUUAUUGAAUAAUUAAUGUUCUUGCAAUUCGGGUUAGUUUUUAAAUAAUCAAAACAACUGUUAAGGUUGUAUAGAUUACUGCUUACAAUGCAAUGAUUAAUUCAGUUGUGAAGUUUGCAAAGAAGGUUACUAUUAUGAAUCCAUGUAAUGCAAUAAAUGUAGUAAUAAUUGUAAGACUUGCUUAAAUUAAAAUGAUUUUUGUUAAAGUUGUAACAACAACUACAAUCUGAUUAAUAACUAAUGUAUUUGUGGAGUUGGGUAUUAUGAAUAGAAUGACACUUGUAUAGAAUGUAAGUAACCUUGUAUUGAAUGUUCAAAUGUGUCUAUUUGUUUAUAAUGUGCUUAAAUUUAGAAAUUAAGUUUGAGUAAUUAAUAGAAAUGUAUAUGCUAAGAUGGAUAUUAUUGGUCUAUUUCUGAAUGUUAACCUUGUAAUUCAAAUUGCUUAACAUGUCAAGAGACAAGUACCAAAUGUUUAAGUUGUAAUGUAUCUUUAAAUCUGAUACUUCAAAAUAAUUAAUGCGUUUGUUCUUCAAAUUAUUAUUUAUCUAAUGAAAACAUAUGUACUACAUGUGAUUCAGAACAAGGUAAAGUGACUGAAAGUUGCAGCUACAAAGACUGCAAUGAUUUAGUAUGGACAUAUGGUGAAGACUGCGAUGAUGGAAAUUAAAUAUUAGGUGAUGGCUGUUCAAAUUGCAAGAUUGAUAACAAUUACAUUUGUGCAAAUACAAUACUAUAAAUAUCACUAUGUUAUUAAUGUCCUCAAUAUUGUAUCUCCUGCCAAUAAAACUAAAUUACGAAAUAGAGUGAAUGUGUAAAAUGUAAGUCGGGAUAUUAUUUGAAUGAAAAUUUAUGUUAAAUCUGUGAUAAAUAAUGUAAGGAAUGUGAGUCUAGUCCAUAAAAUUGUACAUCCUGUAGAUUUUUAUAAUUAUCAUCCUAAAAGUGCAAAUUGUGCGAAUCUAAAUAAGGCUAUUAUUCAGAUUACUCUACUGACACAUGCUAUACUAAAUGUGGUGACUCUAUUGUUGCUGAUUCUGAAUAAUGUGAUGAUGGAAAUUAAAUUAAUGGAGAUGGGUGUAAUAAUAAAUGUCUUAUAGAGAAAAAAUUUAUAUGUUAAAAUGAUGUUUGUAUCACUCCAAAUUAUCCAAAUCCAAAAUUAUCAAUUUUUGGAAGUCCAAAAAGAUAUGAAAAAGAAAGAUCCUUUAAAUUAGAAUACAAUGUUCCCCUGAAAAUUAUAAAAUCUAGCUUUGAUUUAUCCUCUGAUUUGAAAUUCUAUAUUGAAAAUAGAUCUGGAGAUGUGUAUUUAUUAGAUUAUCCAUAUACUUUUAUUUAAAAUAUGACUGAAGUUGAAAAUUCAUAUUAUUAUUAUGAGGCAAUAAUAACAUUGCAAUUAAAUUAAUCAUCUUACUAUUAGAUAUUUAAUAUUUAUUUUCUCAAUCUAUCUUUAAUUCAAUCAAAUGAAGGAUAUGAAUAGAUAAUUGAUCAUGUAAAAGCAUCGAUUGAAGAAUAUUUAUAUGUGGAUGAAACAACCUAAAGUUUAACAGAAACCUUAGAGAGUUUCAGUAUUAAUUUGUUUUACAUUUUACUCAUAUUGUUAGCAGUUUCAAUUUUAUUGGGAGGUUUGGAUAUUUUUUAUAAUCUUUUAGAUACAAUUCAACUUUUAUCCUAUCUUAAGUAUAUCAAUCUUAAAUUCCCUUAUAAUUUACAAACAUAUUUUGAGAUUUUUGGAUUUGCCUAACUUUCAUUUAUUCAAAAUUAUUUAAAUAUCGAAGAUUUUUUUUCAAAUUUUAUUUCUAUUCAAGACCUCAAACCUCUGCCUAAGAAAAUUCGAGAUGAUAAUUAUUCUUCUAUUUAUUUAGUAAAUAUCUGUCAAAUAGUAACAGUAUAUGUAAUGCUUUUUGGAAUUUAUUCUGUGGCUGUUAUUAUUCCACUUACAAUAAGAUAAGUUAGAUUCAAAUAUUAUGAAGAUUAUCCUGAAAAGGAUGCCUUUACUUUAAAAUUAAAGGUAUAUUUUCUUUCGAUUAAAAUAUUUAUUGGAGAAAUGUGUAGUAAAAUUGUCAAUGAGUUAUUUUACAGUGGAAUACUGAGAACAUUUAUGGCAACUGCAUAUGAUUAUUCAUUUAUUAUGGUAUUGCAAAUUUAUUCAAUUGAUAUAAGUUCAAACUCGCUUUUGCUUUCUUUUAGUUCAUUAAUGUCUUUAUUUGCGUUUACAUUUUAUAUUACUAUCUGUUUAUUAAUAAUUUAUUUACUGGGAAAACAAAAACUGUCUUUGACAUCAAAACCAAACAUAGAAAAAUUUGGUUCAAUAAUUGAAGGAAUCAAACUCAAAAACAAUUAUCAAAAAUUUUUUAAUGUUGCAUUAUUAAUAAAAAAAUUACUGUUUAUGGUAAUUCUAGUAUUUUGUUAUGAAGACCCAUUAAGCUAAACCGUAAAUUUAUUCCUAUUAUCACUAAUAACAGCUUUGUAUUUAUUUCAUCAUAAACCGAUUUAAGAUUAAAAUGAAUAUAACAAAUAAUUAUCAACAGAAGUUAGUUUAUGUCUGACUUAUGUUUUUCUUAUUAUUUUAAUAGUAAAUGAUUAAAUAAAGAAGCUGAAUUUUAAAGAGUAAUCAUAUAUUGGUUGGAUUUGCAUUUUAUUCAUAACUUCAAUCAUCGUGAUUUAAUUAAUUAUAGAUUUAAUACAAUAAUGGAGGAUGCUAUUGAAAAAGUUUGCUACUCUACGACGCUUUAUAAAUAAAAUAUCAAAUAUGUUUAAAAAGAAGGCAGAAGAAGCUCGUCCUGAUCAAAAUGUUUUUGAAGAAAUUCAAAAUCAUGAAUUUUACUAAUCUAUAAUUUUAUAUAAAUGA